ACAACUGAAACGGGUAGCGCGCGGCGAGGCACUGCGCUCCAGCUGCCUCCCCUCUCCUCUCACCCUACUCAGAACUCUCACUUCUAUAGACUACUGUGCACUACUGCAACUUCGAGUGCGAGUGCCUUCCUCUUUUCUCUUUAUUAGGCUGAAUGCUAAUAACCAAUGCGAAAUAGCAACAAGUUGUCAAACUGUUGCUCGCUAGUCGCUGAUUUUACAGUUUUCGCGCUUCGUGCUCUAACAGAGACGUUUUUUUUAACCUUCUUCAAGCUUCAAGAUCAUAAACUACCAAACGAUGGAUUUAUUCUAAAGGGUGAAUUGGUCUACCAUAUAAACCAACCAAGUGCAGCCAGUCACCACGAUGGACUCCAUUCUGUCAGAGCAGUCAGCUACUGUAGAUGAGCUGGUUGAAGCAUGCAUCCAAGCAUUUGAUGAAAAGGGCGAUUUGAAGGACGCUUCCCUGGUGAGGAUGUUUAUCAUGAUGCAUCCGUGGUAUAUACCCUCCACGGACUUGGCUAACAAACUGGUGCUCAAGUCUCAAGAGGAGAGCUGCAGUGCUGAACACCGGACCAGAAUUGUCCACCUUCUCAAGUAUUGGAUCUCGGAGUUCCCCGCAGAGUUCAAUCUGAACCCGGAGCUGGCUGAGCAGAUGAAAAAGUUCAAGGAGCUGCUGAGCAUGGAGGGAGAGGAGAGCCACAGCAAACUCAUCGAUAUAGACAGUGUACCGUCGUACAAGUGGAAGCGGCAGGUGACCCAGCGCGUUCCCUCUGUGUCCAAAAAGAGGAAGAUGUCUCUGCUCUUCGACCACCUGGACUCUAGUGAAUUGGCAGAGCAUCUCACAUUCUUAGAGUAUAAGUCCUUCUGCAAAAUCCUGUUCCAGGACUACCACAGCUUUGUGAUGCACGGCUGCACAGUGGACAACCCUAUCUUGGAGCGUUUCAUCACUCUUUUCAACAGUGUGUCCCAGUGGAUCCAGCUCAUGGUGCUGAGUAAGCCUACAGCCCAGCAGAGAGCCCUGGUCAUCAGCCACUUCAUCCGGGUGGCACAGAAGCUACUCCAGCUGCAGAACUUCAAUACCCUGAUGGCAGUGGUGGGCGGCCUCAGUAACAGCUCCAUCUCCAGACUCAAAGACACACAGGCUCACAUCAGUGCAGAGACCAACAAGAGUUUCAACAGUCUGAUCGAGCUGGUGACCUCUUGUGGAAACUAUAGCCAGUACCGCAAGCGUUUUUCAGAUUGUUCCGGAUUCCGUUUUCCGAUUCUUGGAGUUCACCUAAAGGACUUGAUCGCUGUUCAUGUAGCACUGCCGGAUUGGAUGGACAAAGAGAAGACAAGAGUGAACCUGGCCAAAACGCAGCAGCUGUAUGCCAUCUUACAAGAGUUAGCGCUAAUACAAAAUGCACCGCCCAACAUAGAUGCUAACACGGACUUGCUAAAUCUGCUUACAGUGUCUUUAGACCAGUACCACACAGAGGAGGAGAUCUAUCAAAUGUCAUUACAAAGAGAGCCUCGAAAACCAGCGCAGAACUCCAGCCCCACCCCUCCUCCAGAGCCUAAGGCCACCAUGAUUGAUGACUGGGCUGUAUCGGUUAAGCCAAAUGCGGACCCAACCAUAAUCAAGAAGCACAUAGAGAAGAUGGUGGAGUCAGUCUUCAAGAACUUCGACACGGAUGGUGAUGGCCAUAUUUCCCAAGAUGAGUUUGAGGCUAUCCAGAACAACUUCCCUUACCUCAGCAAGUUCGGAGAGCUGGACAAGAACCAAGAUGGCAAGAUCAGCCGAGAGGAGAUGAUCGACUACUUCUUGAAGGCUAGCUCUCUACUCAACUGUAAGAUGGGCUUUAUACACACGUUUACAGAGGCUACGUAUGUGAAACCUACAUUCUGCGAGCACUGCGCCGGAUUUAUAUGGGGAUUCUACAAGCAAGGUUACAAGUGUAAAGCCUGUGGAGUGAACUGUCACAAAGCAUGUCGUGGUCGUUUGGCGGUGGAGUGCCGGAAGAGGACCAAGAGCAUCAGCCACGAGAACCCUCCUGCACUAUCAACACGCUCCUACAGUUUCCCUCUGCCCGCAAACACCCCACCCAGCCUGCAGGACUCAGUAAUUGAGGAGGAGGAUAUCGAGACGGUGGAGGAGGGUGUGUUCGAUGUGCACCUAUAACCAGAAUCCAGGCAACGAGAAAUGAGGAACCAAACUGAGAAUGUGCUACUUCAAAGUGAGGAGACUACAGGAUAUGUACAGACUGCCCCCUAGUGGACUUUCAAUGACGGUGCAGAUACAAACAAAUGAAUUUGAUCAUUUUUUAAAGGUCAUAUAUUAUGCUAAAACCAAAUGUAAGGAGUUUAAAACCACAUUAUAGUGUAAAUUGUAAGGAUGGUCCGAUAUGGAUUUUUUUUAAAAGCCGAUAUUGAUAUCCAAGGUGUAAUGCCAUGGGCGAUAACUGAGAUUAUUAGAAAGCAAUGUUACAAUUUUAAAGAGGGGGUAUUUUGCAAAAAACAAUGUUUUUGUAUUUAAAAAAAAAAAAAAACAUUAUACAAAAAAUCAUAGUUCACGAUCUCUCCUGGGUACCAUUCACACCCUCCUCACGGUUAGCUAUAAGAUUCUGUCCAAUGCUCAACCCACAAGGCUACGUCAUCCAUGCUCCCACACGGCAAUUCUCCAUAAAUAUAGCAACGUAUGAUACAGAACUGUACACAACAACUUGACAAACCUGAUGUGAUGUGCAGUAGUUUCAUUGGCGAGAUACAUGCUGAUUGUGUUGUGAUAGCGCUCUGAAGGAGGAGUGACAUACCAUGGAGAUGGCUCAGCAAAGGGAGAAGAGGCUCAGAGUGCUAAAAACAAAAGCAAAACUUAUAAAAAACAUGUUUAUAAGUUGUUUUCAGCAAGCAUUUUCAAAACAAUAAAAGAUACCAUGGUCAUCUAAAUAUGUUAUGUGUUUGCAGUUACCCUAUUGUGGCGGAUUCUAUCAUUGCCGAUAGAGCGCGGUUGCGGAAUUUUCAUUACCGUAACUUUGCAACCAAUUGUGCUAUCAUGUAAAUUCAAAUGGCAUCUCAAAGCAGAGGCAUGGGGCUCUUUAAAUAUUUUACUGUCAUUGUGGUAAUCUGCUAACGUUGUUCCUUGAAUAUGACCAAUCGGAGUGCAGAUGCCGCAGGGAUUUUCCCAGUCGGUUAUGCGACGCGUUAAAGGGAAAAUACGGAUAUUUAAAAAAGAGGUAGCUGUGUGGAAAAAAUUGAAUAUAUUCUGAUAUUUCCUUUAACGUGAUUUCAAUAGCUAAAAAAGAAUAAAAGUCUAGGCGAGCAACAUUGGUCUAUAAUGUGCUCAGUCCUUAAAGGGUUAAUACCCCCCUCUCUGGCUCAAAAAACUCACUUUUCACAAUAAUAACAAACACAUUUGUUUCAUUUAUGCUCACCACCUUUUGUCAUAUAGUGGUACUACAUGCAACUCCUUUGUGUUUUUAUAGUACAUACCCCUGUUCUAGAAUUGUUUUUAUUAUUUCACCACUAUACAGCUAAUGGGCUAAUGGGUUGCACACAAUGCAUAAUACAGGAAAAAAUAUGAUAGAAGGCAAAACAUCAUUCAGUGUAUUGUAUCACCACAUUAUAACGGCGUGGUAUAAUGUGGUGCUACUUCCUACUUAGACCAAUGAGAUCAUCAAUGGUUAUGUUUAGAUAAGCAUUCUAUUGAUCGAAGUUCAAGAAGAAAAAAAUAACUGCUUCUACUUGCAAGCUAUUUUCCUUUAAGUGUAUAAGACUCCUAAGUAUCUCUGUCAACAACAUGUCCAGGCAACAUCUUAAGUACUUCUUACAUUUUCAAAAGUACAUUUAAUAACACCAAUUUUGCUGUCUGAACAAAUACUGUUUUGUCUUCGCAGCAACAAAAGAAUGAGAAUAGCAUGAACCUUUAAAAAAUCUAUAUGUGUACAUGAUUUGUUUACCCUUUGUAGUGCUAUUGUUUGUAGCAGUCAAACAUUGGAGUACUGUGAAUGUAGCACAUAUAUCGAUAUAUAUAUAUUUGUAUUUACUUUAUAUACGUUUUUUGUUUUUGUUUUGUUUUUUAUUAAUUUAUGUAGAGAAAUCCUGAAGAGUGUCCAAAACAAAAUGUGGGUCUUGUGUGCAUUCAGAGAUAUGUGUAAAAAUGGAGGCUAGUCAAAGUGACUAAAUAUAAAUGAAAGGCCCUGUACCUAAAUGUUUUUGUUGUAGUAAAGUAUUUGCCCCAUAAAGUUUAUUCUAAAGGCAAAAAAAAGAGAAAAAAAAAGUGAACUAUGUGCAAAAAUGUACGCUGCAUAUUAUCUGCAUUGCAAUAAAAAACAUUUUUUAUUGACUGCAAACCUCUGAACUACAUGCUAGAAUUGGUUGCUGUUGUUAACACUCCUUGUGAGUCCAUAACAAGCUUGUUGUGGAUGUUGCCAUGAUAAACUCCCCUCUACAAUCAUUCAUGCGUAUAAAUAAUAUAAAAAGAAUAAAACUAAACAAAUUUGGUAUAACUUCAGUACAGGGCCUUUAAGGUUGAGACAGAAAUGAUUUUAUAUGAAACUAAAUGAAAUAUGGAGUAUGAAGCUGUAUCUUUUAUAAAGUCUAAAACUUUAAACUUUUAUUGUGGAGAUAGGAAUCAUUUUAAAGUGGGACUUAACACCUAAACUCUUCCCACAACCACUUUUCAAAUAGAGCUGCUAAACUGGGCAGUACCUGGAGAACUACAGAAAGUGAUUGGUCUGCUAGGUAUCCACACUUUAAACUUUGCCCCUGCAACCAGGUGUUUGUAACCAGAGACACCUGGUUGUCAUCAGGGUAGUGUUGCAUAAUGUCACGUAGUACUUGAAAUUGCAGUGGCUACUGAUUGUUUUGACAAAAAGCUGCAAAUGUAUGUAGUUUGCAAUAAAAUAAAAUUAAAAAAAAUGAUUUGGAAUGGUAGAUGAUGCUAUUAAAACACCAUCUACAGAGUUUAGUAGCGAAAAAUUGGAUUUAGGGUUUAGUCCCAAACUAAGAGAAGAAUCCUUGCUCCUUUAUUGUGCAUUGUAACUGUAUUUUAUUGUCACAUUGGGAACUACAAUUGAGUGCAUAAGCCUGGUUAUAUGUAUGUCAUAUUUAAAUAAUAUAAUGUAGUAUAAACGGUGCACAGCUCAAUGAAAGAUGUGUUAGUAUUAAACUUUUGUAAAUUGAAAUGUCAGUAUGAUGUAAUGUUAUGAACUUUUGUGAAUAAAAGUGAUAGAACAG